UAGAUAAAAUAUGAAAAAUUGAGAGCAUUGGCGAAAAAAUGUUGGCGGGAGGAGAAAGAACAAACAGAGCACUGAUAAAGGCCGAAGAAGAGAGAAAUUCGAAUAGACGAUCAAGCGAUGUGCUUUCAGUUUAUCUUUUCGCUUACAGAUGAAUCGUCCCUCUCCCCCCUUCUACUGAAUUGAUUUGGAAAGUAUAUGCAAUUUUAGGGCCAAGAGUACUGAAACUUGCUGCUGUGUUUGUUGAAACAAUUGAAUGAAUGUCGAAUUAUUUCGAAUUAUGGUUUUAGCCGUUUAGGUGAUGUUCUUCUAGCUGUGUGUAGUGUGUUGUUAUGUCGACUCUUUUCGUGUCAGUCGUCAAUUAGGGUUUCUAUUUUUGUUUUAGGUAAUGGUGACAUUGGAACAAGAAGUUGAUAGCCAUUGAUUAUUAGAACAAAGAUCAAAAUUAAUUGAGAGAGUUUAUAGCAAAAUUGUGGAGUGUUAUGAAGACAGUUUUAUAAAGUAAUUGGUCUGAAUUAUAAUCUGUUCAAAUUGAUAGUACUUUAUUUUCUAAGUCUUGCACAGGUUUGAAUUAUUAAGAUUUGAUAAGCUUCAAUCUACUAUAGUUGUUGCUCAUUAUUACGAAGUAUGCUCUACCAGAGUGCUAAGCAGAAGAUUGAUUAUGUUGGCUCUAGAAGUAGACAAUUCAAACACCAAAACACGCUACAUGCUGUCCAAGCAGCACCUGAAAUGCCAUGUUCCUAGGCAAUGCAAAGCAGUGUGAGUUAUGUUAUGAUGUUGAUCAAAUGCAAUUCUGUUUAUUGCAAUUGUUUUCAUAAUCAUGCUACUGGAAUACUUGGUUUUAUUGUUUUCAUCUACUGCGAGUGAACAAAAUACCGUGGCAUCAUGCCAGUAAGGUAGCAUUCAAAAUCCCUUGAUGUUGCUCCUGUCUUGUCUCUUUCUGAGUUGAUACAUCGGUCCCUUACCACGAUUUUAAGAUCUUAUAGUCAAGUAGUCAACCACCUCAAUUGACGGAUAUGAACUGCGUUUUACCACAAGUUAUCUGUUUUGAAUUUUAUUUCUGUUAGGAGAGCAGCUUUGCUUGUGGAAGCUGCUAUUGUGCACUGUAAAGUUAUCUGUUUUGAAUUUUAUUUCUGUUAGGGGAGCAGCUUUGCUUGUGGAAGCUGCUAUUGUGCACUGUAUGAGAUAGCAUUGAUAUCUGAGGAGUUAUUUACUGCGAGUGUUGAAGCACUAACACUUUUAUGCCAAUUAACUAUGUGCAGAUAUUCAAUGAGUUCAAACUUCAAACCUUGUAAACCUGAUUAACCGAACCUUUAUAAAGGAGUUAUUCAAAACCAAUUGUUCAUGAAAUCAUGGAAAUAUUACAACUAACUUUGAUACUUCAGGUCAGGCUGGUAAAAAUUCGUGUAUUUUCUGUUACGAUUUCUUAUUUGUGUUAGAUUAAUGUUUUUUCUUCUUUUUUUUGCGUCUUAUAUAUGUCAAAUCAUGAUAGUUGAGUUUCUUGGCAAGUUUGCUAAAGCUGUAAAGCUGAAAUGGAAAUCUGGCUUGCCUAUCAUUGGUUUUAGACAGGUAUGUUUUUUCCCUUAGUAUGCUCUUGCUUGGUUCCCUGUUUCUUCCCGUAUUUAUUUCAUACAUUAGCUAACCGGUUGAGAAAAAAUUGCAUUAACAAGAUAAGGGGUAAUAAGAUAAGAUAAGUUCAGUGCCAAUAAAAAUAGAUAAGAUAAUAUAAGUGAAAUUCAGGUGAAGAGAGCGGUACCUUAGUCGGCAUUGUCAAAUGCUGUUCAUGUUAGUAAUAAAAUGUAGUGUGAUGAUGUCAAGGUAUAACAGUGGCAUUACAUCAUCAGUUGGCCUAGUUUAGAGAUUCUUGUAACUUGUCAACUUCCUCAUAUUUGAAUACUUUAAUUUAAUUAUUUUCAAAAUCUAUAAAAGAGGAAAACCAAUUUUUUAGCUUCUGAGUAAAAUAUUAAGCAUUAACUUGGUCACUUACUGACUUUUACAUUGCUUGAAGUUCUGAAUGCAAUUAUUUUAUGUUUUUUUGGACUUGGUUGUUCAUAUUCAACUUGUUCACAUGCAGCAACAUGUUAAUAAAGUUACUCUAAUUAGUAGCUAAGACUUAAGAGAUCCUUCAAAUACUCCGUAUUAAACAAGGACUUCAUCACUGAUUUGACUUCUUAAGAUUCACAUAUAGAAAUGCAAUUAAGUUACUACUUGCACUUAUUAAAAUUAAGCUAUUACGCUGCGUUUAAUCUGUUAUCCAUUAUCAUUAUAGUUUUUAUGUAGUUUAAGUAGAGUGGAAAAAAAGGAAUUAGUAAUUUAAUGAGUGAGUGAAUGAGUGAUUACUCAGUUUCUUACAAAAAUCAACUCUAUGUAAGAUAAUUUUCCGAUCAAUCCUUCGAUCUACCAUCAUAUCAAAAGUCAAAAGAUGUUGAGGAAUAAAUCUGUUUCUCUGCAUUUUGAGUAUUUGUCAAGAUCUUCCUUUACCUAUGCUAGGCAAUUGUGUUCAAAAGCUCUGUUAGCUGAAGAGCACUAUGUCGCAGGCAGCAGUACAAACUCGAGUGGCUGUUUGGAAGAGAAAAUGAAGGCAAUGCAACAAGAACAACAACAACAGCAACUUUCGCUACACAGUAGCAGAAGCAGCAUAUACCACGUCCCAGCAAAAUUGCGCAAGAUUGACCCAAAAGCUUACGAGCCUCACUUCAUAUCCAUCGGUCCCUACCAUCACGGCUCGCCUAACUUGCAGGACUCAGAAAAGUUCAAGUUGCAAUCUUUGAACCGCCUAGUUGGCCUAGGCAAGCAAAAAUUGGCUGCUGAUAUCAACGCUAUAGAGCUUGAAGCCCGUGAAUGUUACUCAGAUGAUGUAAAAUUAAGCAGGGAGGAGUUUGUGUACAUGAUGCUCCUUGAUGGGUGCUUCAUUGUUGAUCUCUUCAAAGAGCUAAACCAGAAGAAUUUUGUGUGUUCGAAUUCAUCCCUCCUUUCCAAGAGGUGGAUGUUGCCUGUUGUUCGUCGUGAUCUCAUAACUCUUGAGAAUCAACUCCCUAUGAUAGUCCUGAAGAAGAUAUUUGAUGCAACUAGGACAAACUCAACAGAGGAGGGUUCGUUAGAAGAGCUAGCUCUACGUUUCUUUGAUCCACUGAUGCCUAGAGAAGAAGAUGUACUACAACAAAGCAUCACAUCAGUCAAUGGGAAUCAUCAAAAGUUUCAGCACCUGCUUGACAUCUUCCAUUCUAGUAUCACACUUGGGAAUAAAGUUAAACGAAGCAAGGAGCCUCACAUGUACCGUUCAGUAGCCGAACUGAAAGAAGCAGGCAUCAAAGUGCGCGUUUUGGGUAACACUCAACCGUUAGAGCUGAGGUUUGAGAGAGAAGUGCUGAGGAUGCCGAGUUUACUGAUUGACAAUCACACAGCUAGCGUCUUCAGGAAUAUCGUGGCCUAUGAGCAAUGCCACCGUGAGUGCAAACCAGACAUGACUACAUAUCUGUUUUUCCUAGACAAGCUCAUUAACUCGGCUGAAGACGUAGGGCUUCUCCACUACGAAGGGGUGAUACAACACACCUUAGGUAGCAACAAACAGGUGGCUAAGCUUGUCAACAAUCUAUGUGUCGAAGUGGAACAUGAUGGUCAAGAGUCUUACUUGUGUGAGGUGGUGGAACGUCUUAAUUUCUAUUCUGAUCGUUGGUUUAGUAAGGUCAAGGCUAGACUGAAACACGAUUAUUUUAGCAACCUGUGGGUUGGUAUCUCGACGUUGGCUGCUCUGUUCUUGAUUUACCUCACACUACUGCAGGCGAGCUGCGAUGCUAUUGAGGCUCAGGAGAAGGAACAACGCUUGAAGAAUAAAGAGGGAGCGUGGGUUAGAGUUAACUCUCUCCUUGUUCAUCCUGUUGAAGGGCUUAAACAAAUGGUUGGGUCUGGUCUUAGAUUCAUAGCUAGGGGCGGCAUUGAACCAGAAGACCCUCCACCAUGGUAAGCCUCAGACGUGCUUUCGAAUUCGUUAUGAAACCAUGUGUUUUAGAGCUGAACUAUUACUUGGUGGGGGAAAAAAAAUUCUCUUUACUUUGUUUCUCAUAUAUUUUUUUAGUCUCCCCACCGGCCACCGCAACCUGUGAAUAUCCCAACUCCCAAGUAGGUUGAUGUAGCCCAUAUUCUUGUUAGAGGUUAUUCUAGAAAAAUCUACAUGAAUGAAAAAUCAAGUGAUGGUGUAUCUAGAAGCAUCUAGGACAUGUGAUGUGGAAUAUUAAAUAAGUGUAGAAAAAUCUAGAUGAUGAAGGGAGUAGAAAAAUCUAGAAACCAUAAUACAACAACUAUAAAUAGGUUGUAUGUGCAUAAGUUUAGGGUGAGUCAAUCAAGAGAGCUCCACAUAUAUGAGGGGUAGAAAUAAGGUUCUACCAAAAAGAUAAGUGAGAGACACGAGCUCUCGCAAAUAUUGUUGUACAAUUCUUAUCAAUAUAAUCAAUGAUAAAAAUACAAUUUUGUUAUAUAA